AUGGCGAAGUGGGCGAAAGAAAUCGUUGCAUUGCUCCGAGCCCUCAAAGUCUGCUACUACGAGCUCGCGGGCAAACCACUCAUAGUGUACACCCAGUACUCUGCGGCGAAAUGGAUCUUCACGGACAAACAAAAUCGAACUGAAUACCUUCAUUGGGCGGUUCAAUUGGCACCUUGGAGCAUCACGUUCAGAGCAUGUCGAGCGAAGUGUCCGCCCCAGCUCAAACCCGUGGCCAUCACUGUCCCAACCGCCCCUGGGAGAGCUGGCGAACAUGGGACUGUCGCUGGACCCCUUCAUGCCAAAUCGCGCGAGGGAUGUGGUGGAGGCUUGCGUCACCCCACUUCCAAUGUUUGGGGCCAAAAGGACGAACUCUACGUGGCCACUUUUGACGGAGCCAUCAAACGGAUUGAACGAGUCGGCAGCUAUGGAGCAAGUAUUUGGAAGUUACCCAACUGGGAUCUGGUCUGGGCCGCCCAAGGAGUUGUUACGGAUGCCACAGUCAACACUGCCGAGUACCAAGGUCUACUGGAAGUUCUCAUGACAGCCUCCCGCUUAAAGCUAACCCGACUUCGCAUCUUCGGCGAUUCCAAAAUCGUGGUCCACCAAGUGAACCGUUGGAUGCAAUGUAAACAACCACACCUUCAAGAGUUGUGUCGCGAAGCCCAAGGGUGGAUCAAACGCCUUGAAGACUCCGAGCUCCAUCAUGUGUUACGGGUUUGGAAUGGCUCGGCGGAUCAUCUGGCCAGUCGGGCAUUGCGUUUGCGAUUAACAGAGCAAGUCACAAACCCUGCCGAACUCUUGGCUGUCCAACUGAAGAACAAACUCCCCGAGUUAGUCCAACAGAAGUGCCAAGGCGUCUCGCACGAUACUAUCACGGAGAUAGUGUUUGAAAGUCUUCGCCACAUUUGCAGUCAGAUUGAGUGGGAUACUGAGGGCGGCGAGUGUGCUUCGACCAUGACAACAUCUUCGGCAACGGACAUGCUCGCUUGUUUAGAGCCAGCCAGCUCCGCUCAAACGAUCAAGGGUGGUGGUGGUUCCGUGUUUCUAGCGCAAGACAAAACCACGACAGCAGAGGACAACCAGGGGACCCGGAAGCCAGCCAGCUCCGCUCAAACGAUCAAGGGUGGUGGUAGUUCCGUGUUCCUAGCGCAAGACAAAGCCACGACAGCAGAGGACAAUCCAGGGGACCCGGAGCACCCCGCAAGCUCUGGAGACCCAGGGGACCCAGAUGGCCAAAAUUUCGCAACAAAAGCAAAAAACUCCCCAUAUCACCCUGGGAACCCUGGGAAAGACGGGCAAGGCAAUCCAGCGGACGACCCCGCCCUGAUCAUGCAACGUGACAUUUUCGUCGCAAUCAUCCGCGACAACAUGGAGGCCCUGCAUCGAGAGAGAUUGCGAGUAAUCAGCGAGGCACAAGGUGAAGAAAUUUAG